UGUGUUAUUGGCUGACAGCAGGUGAGAGACUCUUACCUGUACCCGAGAGAAGGAGUGCCAGUCGUCGUCGUCGUCGUCUGAUUCCAAAUCAGGAUCUACUUUUUCUUCUUCCAGCCACCCAGAGAGGUAGAAAUCGGCCAGGACCGCUGGGAACUGAACGAGCGACUGCAACAGGACUCCGAGCAUGGAGCCUAUAACGUCGUGGAGCGAGGAGAGAGUGAGCAAGUGGCUCCAAGGUUUGGAUACCCCACUGCAUCAGUAUCCAGUUGCACAGUGGCAUCUAUCAGGGGUGGACCUGCUCCAGUUGACUUCUCAGGACCUGGAGGCAUUGGGAGUCCAUAAGAUUGGACACCAGGAGCUUAUACUGGAGGCUGUGGAGAAACUGUGCUCUCUGACCUAUGGUAUAGGCGGUGAGAACCUACGUGGUGUGAUAGAGAAGCACCGCGCUGUUGCUCACAGCCUACAGAUGGGCAUCCAGGCCCGCUGGCGCCUCAACAGCUACGACGGACGGAGCACUACCAAGCUGACUCCCACAAUUCUGCAGCUCGUAGUGGAACUCAUCGCCUCAGCCAAAGGCCUCUUCUCUUUGCUCAACAGAUAUCAAUAUUCCCAGCUCAAUACAUACACCACCACCAAGAACAUAUUCAGUUACUGCAAAGAGCUGGGAGACAUUGUGCACAAGAACAGCACUGGCUACGAAAAAGAAAAGGACAUCAUCUCUGUCUGCCGUCAGUUGGUGGCGGUUUGUGACGAGAUCCUGAACUGCUGCCCCGAAGCGCUCCUCAAUCACACCGCUCAGCUAGAGAGUGUCGAACUGAUACCCGUGGCACCCGGUGAUCAGCUGGGCAUCGAGAUAACAUCCACCAACUCCAGUAACCACUACGUGACUGGAACUGCCGCUGAGCCCUCUACUGAUGCCUACGUGAAGGUCUUGGCUGGAGAUGAAGUGAUCCAAGUCAAUGAUCAAAUAGUGGUGGGCUGGAGCAGAGUUAACCUUGUGAAGAAGCUGCGUGAGAAUCCCAGUGGGGUGACUCUCGUCUUGAAGAAGAUCCCUGGAUCAGUGCAACGCAACAACUCAGCCCCGCUCAUCUCUACACAGAAAGAAGAGGACAAGGAGGAGAAGUCAGAGGAGGAAGAAGAAAAGGACGAUCAAGACGGUCCACGGCAUUCAUUACUCAAGAGAGUGGCAGCAUCUGUCAGACGAGCUGUUCAGGGGCCAGAGGUGCAACAGCAGCCCAUGGGACAGGAAGAAUCUGAAAUAUCCUCAGUCAAGGAGCUUGAGGAAAAUCUGAGCCUCACUUCAUAUCAAAGCCGACAGGGGGCGCUUUUGGCACCAGCAGGGUCAGAGAGCUUGACAGGUUCAAGGCUCUCACUAAAUCGCCUGAGAGACCGCUCGCCCUCGCCUGUAAGAACCAAACAGGACAGAGCUAGCAUCAGUUCCUGCCCUGAUAUGGUGGGACACACGGGGAACAAGGAUGGUAAGAAGACCUCCACUAAAGGAAAGACGACGGCUAUGAGCCGGCGUCGUGUGUCCUGCCGUGACUUGAGUCACCCCGACUGCGAUGGUUGGCUCUGGAAGAAAAGAAAGGAGAGCAGUGUCUUCAUUGCACAGAAGUGGCAACGGUUCUGGUUCGUGCUCAACGGGCCUCACAUUUACUGGUACAAGAGUCAACAGGAGGAGAAGGCAGAGGGGUUUCUCAAUAUAUCCAGCUAUGGCAUAGAAAGCGCCGGAGAGCACAAGAGAAAAUACGUAUUCCAAAUGUGCCACCCGAAAUUUCAGAACUUUAUUUUCGCUGCGGACAAUGUCAAUGACAUGAGCAAAUGGAUCAACUGUCUGAUUACAGCCAUACAGAAGCACAAGAAGUUCAACAAAGGCCCAGAUAAUGAGGAAGAGUGUUACAGUGAAACUGAAUCAGAGAGCGAAUCAUCUCCUUCAACCCGCAGGAAAAACAAGGUUAGCUCGAAGGUACAGUCCAGCACCCUACCUCUCCCCAAGGGUAAGAACAGGGCGCCAUUACCUAGACCUACAACAGAGGGCAGCAAAGGAACAGAACCUGGUCAGGUAGAUGAGAUGGGCAUGAUGCUAAACAAUCUAAAGGAAGGGGGAGUUUCUCUGAUCGGCCACGAGCAGCCGUUCACGCACGACCACUUCAGGAAGUCAUUCAUUCGGCGCAACAAAAAUCCCGUCAUCAAUGAAAAGGCACUCACGCUCCGAGCUCUGCAAAGCACUCUAAAGGCCAAAGAAGCGGAGUUGCAGCAGAUCAACAAGAUCCUGGGCGACUCCGAUCUGACACCUUCAAAGUACCGUCAGUGGAAGGAGAACAACGAGGAGCUGUUCAAGGAAAUCGAGAAACUGGUCUCGCUCAAGGCCUCCAAAGCAGGGGACCAUGCACCUGAGCAGGACACGCCCACUGAGGAGGUUGCCCUAGAAACUGUUGCCAAGGAAACAGCCGCCGCAGAGGCAGAAGGCGCAUAUAGACUAAGCCUUAGCGAUGGGGAGCAGUUAGUCGAUGCAGAGCCAUCUGACGUUCUUCUGGAGAUGUCACAAGCGUCUCCGAGCACAGACAGCAGCCCAGUAUUAGAAUUCUCUUUCGGCUCGCUCCAGGAUUCAAUAAACAAAGAGCUGAGGGAAAUGGCACAAAGUGGAGACACUUCAGAGAGCUACUUCUUCAUUUAAAGCCACACCAGUUCAAAGUUGCUCUGUUUAAUAACAGUUAAUAAUGUUAGACAAAUGAAAGCUUUUCUUCAUGCAACAAUGUGAGACAGCGCAGACGGUUUUUAUCAUUGGGAGCAGUUAAAAGUUGUAUUAAAAAUGGCCACAAAAUCAAACAUUUUUAAAUCAAACAUGUCAGUGAAAUACAUCAAUGCAUACUUGUUUGUCUUUUUGUUUAGGAAACAAAUUUCGAUAAAUGACAAGUUUACAACAGCAAAGAGAACAUGAAAUUACCAAGUGUCACAGUCUCAGUUUGGUAUAUAUUUAUAUAAUUUUAAAAUUAUCAUUCUUCUUCUUCUGUGGUUAAAAAUACCAUCAAGUAUGACUUUGCUUGGAACUUGUGAUAUAAGUUGUACCUUUUGCAAUGUGAUAUGUAUGUACAGUUUUACUAUAAAUACUCUAUGUAUUUGUUUAUUGACAUUACCUUAAUAAAGGUCCAUGUGAAUAA